AUGAGUGGACAAAAAGUCAAGUCACCUAUUCCAAAGUCAACAGCUAGCGGUGCUUCAGGUGGAACAGCAUCAUCAGGUGCCAUGCGACCAAGACGUCGGAUGGCACAAAAUUAUCUGGUUAUUUGGGUCGAUUGUAAGAUCGAUAAAAAUACAGAAAACUGUCAGAAUACGCUGGCACAUCUGCACGACGUGGCAAGUGAAGUGAAACCUUGUACAACACCUGAAGAAUGUGUCGAAUAUCUCAAUGAAAUUGAUGAUGGAAAAGCUUUCGUCAUUUCAUCUGGCGCACUAGGACAAAGCCUUGUAAAUGACAUUCACGGUAUGCCAAAAGUGGAUGCCAUUUAUAUUUUUUGCGGUAACAAGGCGCAUCAUGAAUCAUGGGCAAAGGAAUGGCCUAAGAUUCGAGGUGUUUUCACCUCAAUCAAACCCAUCUGUGAAUCAUUAAAAAAAGUGGCCCGUCACUGCGAUCAUGAUAACAUUCCGAUGAGCUUUGUGUCGAAGCAAACCAUUGUAGGAGGGGAUGGUUCACAAACACAAAAUAUUGAUCAACUUGAACCCGCGUAUGUGUACUCCAUGUUGUUCAAGGAUAUUAUACUGGAAAUCGACGAAGAUGACAAAAAGCCGAUGAAAGCUUUAGUGGCCUAUUGUCAUGAUCAAGGUGUUUCUAAACAGCAACUGAAUUAUUUUCAGAAUGAAUACAACCAGAAAUCUGCAAUAUGGUGGUACACGGAAAAUAUUUUUCUAUAUAGUAUGCUCAAUAAAGCCUUGCGGUCAUUAGAUAUGGAAGCCAUGGUGAAAAUGGUUUUUUUUUAUCCGAAAUUUACAUCGACAACUGGAACAACUUCACCAAAAACAAUUAAGUACGUAUGA